AUGAGUGUGGUGCUGAAGUUGGUGUUAAGAGAUAAGGGUUUCAACCUUGCCAAUGUGAUUAAUGGGUUUAUCUUGGAUGGUAAAGUACUGAAGGCAUAUUUUGGGAAAAACAACUAUUGUCAUGCAUGGAUAAGAAAUGGGGCAUGCACCAAUCCUGAUUGCCUCUAUCUGCAUGAAAUUUGCUCCCUAGAAGAUAGUUUUACCAAAGAUAAGGUCAUAUCAGUUCAGAAAAUCACAGGAACAUCAAAUGCUCUGCAAUACUGUUCAGGGAGCAUGCUACCUCCACCGUUGGAUGGUUAUUGCAGUGACAGUUCUACUAUAAAAUUUCCUUCUACGACUAAGAGUACUAGGGAUGAAGGUCCUGGUGCUCCUGCGGAUAUUGGUUCUCACUGUGAUCAAGGUUCUAUUAGACGGCGUGGUAACAAUGUACCAAACACUGAUGCGGAAGCUGACAUAGCGCAGAAUGGGAAUCCUGGUUUAAGGCCAGAGUGGGAUUGGAGAUCUCAGAUGCCAGUGAACUCAACGUUAAAUAAAAGUAAUUGGAGUGAGCUUGCAGAGGCCAAUAGCUACGUGGCUAAAUUACUUGACGAGAGUGAUCGUAAAGCCAGUACUCUGGAGCCUUCUAACCUGUUACAGCAACAGAAUGACCAGUCCAGAUUCUCUUUUCCUCGGCAUGAAAAAUCAAAUAAUCAAGCGUGUGACUAUAAUAACACCUACUGCAUGUAUGGGCAGAGGUCAAGAGAUCAGUCUACUCUGGAGUUUGGACAGAGUCAAAAUGGUUUUGCUUCAAAUUUGUCUGGCGGAUAUGAACAGUUUGCUGCGAGUCCUGCGUUGAGGUCCCAAGUUUCUGCUCCUCCUGGAUUUUCUGUCCCCAGCACCAGCAGAUUACCUCCUCCCGGUUUCUCUUCACAUGAAACAUCUGAUAUUGCAUCAGGAACUCGUUUGCUCGACUCAUCCUCCGUUUUAAGGAACGCAUAUCAUGCACCGCCUCCAAGUAGCAAUUUGAAUACUGGAGGAGACGUUGAGUUUAUGGAUCCUGCAGUUUUAAGUGUUGGAAGAGGAAUAUUUCACAAUGGGAUGGAAACUGCAGACUUUGAUAUGAGCUCAAGAUCAGGGUUCUCUUCUCAUCCGAAUUCGUUUGAGAACGGUGCGAGACUUCAGUCGUUGGCGCAGAGGUCUCUGGCUGCACAACAAGUCAAUGGGUUUCAUGAUCCCAGGAACGUUAACAACAUCUCUCCUUCACUCUUUGAUCCAUAUGAAAACAGUUUGAGGCUAAUGGAUCAAACACAAGGAACUAGGUUUUCUUCUCUCACGCGGCUGCCUAGACAAGCCUCACUAAAUCCAUUAUUCUCGAAUGGACGGUGGGAUCAGUGGAAUGAAACACAAAGUGGUAACAACACUCUUGGGAUGACCCAGCUUCAAGACAACGUGUACAGCCGUCUUGAAGAACCUAGGUUUCCGAGGCCUGGUCCUGGAGAUCCGUACAACAGAACAUAG